AUUUUACAAGUGAAAAUAAGUGAAGCUUCAUUAAUUUACAAACUCGAAGAUAUUCACAAUGGCGAACUCAAAAACAGUCACUCUACGCAGCGAGACUGCGGUCUCUCUAGUAGACCCUGAUCAGACUCUCAAGGCUUCCAAGGCCUUGCUGGCGCACAUGAAAAAUGCGUCAAAAGAGAAAGCCGCCAACGCAGAAAAGCGAGACCUUCUAGCCGACCCCGAAGACGAGGAAGGUACCAAAGAAAAACCUAUCUGGUUGAACCUUACAACAAAGCGAUUCAUCGCCGAUUCUCGAAAACUCAAGCCUGGCAAGAUCGUUCUCCCACACUCUCUCAACACCGAUCCCGAGAUCCAAAUAUGCUUAAUCACGGCCGAUCCCCAGCGCGCUUAUAAGAACCUCGUCGCAUCCGAAGAAUUCCCCGCGGAGCUGCGCAAGCGAGUGUCGCGAGUCAUCGAUGUCACGAAAUUGAAGGCGAAAUUUAAGUCCUACGAGUCGCAGCGCCAACUGUUUAGCGAGCACGAUGUGUUCGUCGCUGAUAACAGGAUUAUAAACCGAUUGCCUGCGAUCUUGGGCAAGACAUUCUACAAGACGACUGCGAAGCGCCCUAUUCCGGUCGAGAUACAAGCUCGUGUACCUAAGAGCGAUGGAAAACGAGUGAAGCGCACUAAGGACGCGGAUACACCUAAUGCGUGCACACCGCCGCAAUUGGCGGGUGAGAUUGAGCGUGCGAUUGGUGCUGCGCUUGUUAAUCUCUCGCCUACGGUGAAUACUGCGAUUCGUGUUGGAAAUGCGAAUUGGACCGCCGAGCAGAUCGCUGAGAACGUCGACGUGAUUGCGAAGACGUUGGUUGAGAAGUUUGUACCGGGGAAGUGGAAGAACAUCCGCAGCAUCUACAUCAAGGGCCCUGAAACGGCGGCUCUGCCUGUCUGGCUCACUGAUGAGCUGUGGCUCGAUCAGAAGGAUGUUCUAGCGGAUGGGUCAGAGGAGGCCAAGGCUAUUCUCCCCGCACAGAAGGCGAAUAUUGGCAAGAAGCGGAAGUCGCUUGAGGGUCAACAAGAGGAGGCGGAGCCCGUAACAAAGAAGAGCAAGAAGGCGAAGACUGCCAAAGCAGUUGAGAACGACGAUGCGGGGUUGAAGAAGGAAAUUUCAGACCGAAAAGCAGCGUUAAAGAAGCAGAAGAAGGCAGCUAAGAAGGCUUUGGAAGUUUAGGAACUGUUGUUGGGGCGACGAUGCACAUACGAGGCAUAAUGCGACGACAGGAGUUGGGGUCUACUACGCAGUAUAGGCUUUAAAGAACAAUUCAUUCAUCAACGGCGUUUGGUGGGAACAACAGGUACC